CUACAAUAUACCACCAGCCUCUGGUUCCCAGGGAGGGUCCAGUGUCGAAAUCAUCAGUUUAAGGAAGCUUAGCUAUAAUUUAGAACAACUUCUAGUUGACUCCAGCUGUGAUUAUAGCGACACUGAGCUUGUUGUUGAGAACAUCCCAGUAGGUGUUCACAGAUGUAUAUUGGCUGCUCGGAGUAAAUUUUUCCAUGAGCUUUUCAAGAAAGAAAAGAAGGCCUUUGAGAAGGAAGGGAAACCUAAGUACUGUAUGAACGAUUUGUUGCCUUAUGGUAGGGUCGGUUGUGAGGCCUUCCUUAUUUUCUUAAGCUAUUUGUAUACUGGAAAGCUGAAGCCUUUCCCCCCAGAGGUGUCAACUUGUGUUGACAAUGUAUGUGCCCAUGAUGCAUGCAGACCUGCUAUUGAUUUUGCUGUGGAAUUGAUGUAUGCAUCUUCAAUUUUUCAGGUUCCAGAGCUGGCUUCACUUUUUCAGGUCAGUACUUACAACUCUGUUUAGCGGCAAUAAUUCAACCAAAUUGAUAUGAUGAUCUCUGUGCGUAAGUGCAGGACUGCAUAAAAGUCAGGAAAAAAUAAUGACAUUCUUUUGGGACAUAGCGUAUUUGAUUGAUACAGUCAUGUUUUUUGUUUUAGUAUCCUGGAAAUGCUUUAUUACUUUCGGAAGUAGUCAUAAUUGUGCACUGAUUACUUGGAGAGAGAGAGAGAGAGAUUUGAAUGGAUAUUGGUGUGAGUGGUUCUUCUGCAUAUGAUGCUGGUUAUGUAGAUCGUAAAUCAGUAUUGUGUUUGAUCAAUUGUCUCAUCUUAUAAAGGAAAAGAAAAAACUGAAAGGAUUAUUUGAAAAGUAUUAUUUAUCUUGAACUACCAAUUAGUUCUGUCUAUAUGUGAUGCAAACAACAAAAAUGACACCCCCCUGAGGUCUUUUGCUGAAGUGAAAAAUAAGGAUGGAGUAUAAUCAAAUGCUUAAUGUGUUUCUGAAUUAUUUUGUUUUUAAUUUUGACAGAAUUAAGCUCUUGUUGAUAUAUUAAUGUAUAUAGAAUACAGCUCAUGUUGAUAUAUUAAU